UUAUGUGGGUCCCCUCCAAGUUACACGUGUCAGGAAGAACAAUCUUCUGUUUUUGAUUGAAAAGGAGUUCUCUUCCUUGAGAAUAUCCCCACUUCGUCCCCAGAUCUCUCGCUCAUAUACUAUUGAAUAUGCAGAAUCAAACUUCGUUGACCAACCCGGAUGCUCACAGAGGACCGACUGCAACCAAUCGCCAUUUGUUUGGAUUGAAUCCGAAGGGGUAUUUCAUGAACUUUGACUUCGAUGGUGACUAUGAGCAGAGGUUUCCUUCGGAUGCAAUGUACGAGGAAUUGGGACCAAAUGCACGAGUCUGGAAAACAUACCUGGCGGAGACUAGUUCGCUCGAUGAAAAUAUGAUUGGAGAAGCUCGGGAUGGGCUGGAUUCGAUGCUGGUUUUUGCCGGUCUUUUCUCCGCUGUUGUGUCGACUCUUCUGGUUCAAGCAACGCAAAACCUCCAGGUAAACUAUACCGAAGUGACUGCAUCCUUGAUAUUUGAGCUUGUUCAAAUUCAACGUGCAGUGGCAGUCGGCACCUCCAUAACCGUUGUUCCUACGUCCCUAUUGAAUCCAACAACAACGGUCAAGCCAGAUAAUUUCAAUGUUUGGACCAAUGGCCUAUGGGGAAUUAGCCUGUCACUCAGCCUCUCGGUGGCUCUCGCUACAGUCCUGGUGAAACAAUGGCUUCACCGUUAUCUCGCGGUGCAUUCUGGAACCCCAAGGGACAGGAGUCAUACACGCCAGUUCCGCUAUACAGGAUUUGAGAAAUGGCAAGUACUCAACAUCAUUGGGGUGUUACCUGUGAUCAUGCACAUUUCCCUUGCCUUCUUCCUUGUGGGCCUUGUCCUCUUCCUUGCUCCAUUACAGAGAGGUCUUUCAUGUGUUAUAGGUGUUAUCACAGGCAUUCUGUACACCCUAUACCUAAUCACAAACACUCUGCCCAUCAUCUAUCCACAAUGCCCAUACCAAACACCAGUUUCUGACUUGAUCCUUGCCUUUCACACAUGGCUACAAAGAUAUAUCCAAACUAUACUCAUGUUCAUGGAUUAUGGUUCAUCCCCCACAGUGAAAGGUCCAAUCACACUCAAGUCCUCAUUGAAAGAUCUGGAAAAAGAAGCAGUGAAACAAGCUUAUCACAGUUUGUCACUUGGGGGACUUCAUCAUCUGCAUAAAGUGUCCACCAAUCUGUCUGUUCACAAUAUAAUCAUUCAAGCUUUUGGUGGACUUUUGGUCAACUUCAAACAUGGCAAUAUUCAGAAUUUAUUUUUGAACAGUGGAAUUGCAGAUUUUGAGCAAUGGAGAAUGAGUCUUGAUCAAACAUUGUUCCAGAGCUUGAUAUCCCAGAAGGAUAACAUAGCUAAACUUCAACUUGGGCUUGAGCCAAGGUUAGAAAGAUUUUGUAGAGCAUUCUUGGUGCUACAGAUCCCUGUUUUUGUUCCACAGUCUAUUGAUCUUUACAGUGGCUCGGCAUCUAACCUGUUGUCUUUGGCAACUGCUCUUGCUAGUUCCGGAGCAUCCACCCCGCACAAAUCAUAUAUUGAAUUCAUUCUCACCUUUCACACUGAAAAUCUACAUCCUGUGAUCUGGACUACCAUAGUUCAAAAUGCAUUCUACUCGGACAUCACUCUUAUUUAUAGUGAUAUCCACAUAUUCCGAGUGAUUUUUCGGGCUUUAUGGGGUCGGAGUGAGAAUCGCCAAAUUGCAUUGCCUGACACAAUGAACAUUACCAUCCAAAAAUUCAUGCGGGAUGAAUUCUGUGAGAGGAUCCUCAGGAGAAUUGGCAAAGCACAUCUGGUUGAGGGUGGUGCCGGAACCCAUGUCCAUGCAUUGAUUUCAACACUUGAAUUUUUGUGGGGUUUUGUCAGUGCCUCAAAGCCAGCUUCCCUCUCCACUGGUCAGCAUCAAACAGGCAGAACCCAAGCAUAUGAGAAAAUCAUGUAUUAUAUAUUGCAACAAUUCCAGGAUGAGUUUUAUCAUCACUCCUUCAAUCGCCUCUCAAGUGGGGAACAGUGGCCAAUCAUGAGAUACUUUCUGUCCAUAUUCACCAUGCAGAUCAUUGAAAAAACAGAUUUAUCAUAUGUACACACUCAUCAAGAGUCCAUCAGAGUACACAUCAUUGCACAUUACAAAAUAGCACUUGAAAUGUAUCUGAGGACAAGGCCUCUAUCUGGCCAUUACCCUCUUGUUAUCAGGACAUUUGAUUCACUUCAACCUUCAAUUAAACAUAUGUUGAGAUCCUUGCCCAAGCAGCCAAGUCAACUCAAAGUUGUUAACUACAAUCCAGAGAUGAAUAAACUAUACUGCCUCAUUUAUGAAAUUCUUGCACUAGCAAUAAUGCAGGGUAGUGAGACUGCUCUGCAACUUGUUGUAAUCUUUGAUUGCUUGGAUCAACAGUCACUGUGGAAUCAUGAUGCAAGUACAGAGCAAGGAGGAGAUAAUAAGUACUCAGUGAUUCUCUGCCUUCUUUCCAGUCUUGCUUCGAAUUCCUUGAGUAUUAAAUUAGACACAUUCAUGAGGGAGCUUUGCAUAAACUACUUAUACAAACCAUCAAAUUUGCACUAUGCGGUGGUGUCUCUCAUCUUCACCACUAAAUUGCAUUCAUUUCAACUAGAUAGCAAAUCAUUGUUAGAGCUUAUGAAACUAUGUCCUAGCAAGGCAGUUUGGAAUAAAUGCCAGAUUUGGCUGCAGGCUGUGCUGGAUUGGGUCCAACAAGGUUGUCAGGAGCAGGAUUUCAUAGAUCAACAACUUGGUGAAAAGAAAAUGCAAGUUUACAUUACCAAUCACUUGGCAUAUCUUAGGAAACAAGAUGAUCGGCAACAAAUAUAUACUCCAAGAGUUGAAGGCUUCAUAGAUGAUAGAUUUUGGACAAAGUGGGUAAAAGCAAUUGAGUUUAUCGGUCAACAUCAUCAGACACAAGUAGAACAUUGA